AUGUCAACCUUAGUCGAUAUUAAUCACAAUUUUGAUGGCCAAAGGCAUUGGUUCAAACAGUUUCGAUAUACAAACCCUACCUUGAGGGAUACAGAGAAGGCGGGCCCUAUCGAACCCGUACCUACUCAUUUUCACAGAGAUGUCUUGAACCGAGAGACAUGGCGACCUCGAGAUCUCCUGAGAUACAUCUCUCCUUUCUAUGGCAAACCAUUCCAUAUGAUCGUCCAAGCCGCUCCCGGUCCGAAUACCCAGCCCCAGGGAGAAUGGAGACGACGACUUGUUGGUGGAAAUGCUCCUACACUCAUGCGUGUAUCCUCAUGGGCGAUUGGAAAUCAACUCGAAUCUGCCGAAGACUAUGCCUUGGCUGUUGGAAGAUCCAUUCUCAUCCUCCCUAUCAUAAUGUUUAUCGUCGUAUACCCGAUGUAUACUAACGGCGCCGGAAGAGAAAAUGGGAAAUAUCCAAUGUUCCCACACAAAUGCUAUGAGUAUCCAAAGCAUGCGCUAAAUCAGCUAGAUGCUGCUCCAAAUGCAUCGGAAUGGAUCAAAGGACAGCGGAAAGAUGACGGAGAUAAAACAUAUAUAACCAAGGGUAAACAAAAUCGUCUUCUUCGACCUCGUGCCUUGGUUGUCUUCCGUGACAAUAAGUGGAAAGUUGUUGAAGAUGGAAGCUUUACUGGACCAUAUAUCUUUAUCAGUUUUGCAGCUGCCCAGUACCAGAAACUCGCUCCAACGGACCAAGACCCUGGAAGGACCGAACUAGAUAAAGACUCCAUUGAUAGAAGAGCGAGAAAGCUUACACUACACCAUGGGAUGGAGGCAUAUUGGGCAGACUUUCAUUGCAGAGCAGAAUUACAACCUGAGGCUACUGAUGAUGUUCAUCGAUUUUGUGAUGUCACUCGUGGAGCUGAAAAAGUUUGUGUUGUAUUACCAGACCACUCUCCACAAGCUCUAGUCUUUUUCGGCCAGCGUCUCUGGUGCCUACCAGAGAUUUUGCUUGCCCGAGAUCACAAAAUCAGUGUUUGCACACCCGACUUUCAGAAUCAGGAUGGCGUGGAUAAGAUAGAAGUUGUUGAUAUUAUGGAGUUUACUCAUCGAUCAUGGGCCAGAAUGCUCACGCCAAGUAACGAGAUUAUACAUGAUGGCAACGACGAAAUUUUCCGCUUGUUGGCGGAGCAUUACACCGGUUCAUUGACCCUAAGUCGACUUGAGUUGAUUCAAGUUGCACUUCAAGCUUUGAAAUCCAGACAGUUCACCGAAUUUCAACGUGGUGAUAUUGCCUACGCUCUCAUGACACUACUUACGAAGCGCCCUCGUAUGGAUCCUUCUGAUACGGAAGAGCAAGCUCUGGCGCGACUAUCACUGGCCAAUGAUAGUGACCAGAUUGUCGAGCGUAUGGCUUGCAUGGACGGUAUACGCAUGAAAGGUAAACCUGCGUGGUUCAAUCUUGAAGACGAUCUCGGCGCCAAUCUGUGGGAUAUACAGCCGCUUUGCCAAGUAGCAGGUGUCUGCUAUGAUGGUUCCUUGAUUUUGGAUGGUACACAUGCAGUUUCUAUUCGUUGGAAAGACAUUCCAAGAAUUUAUUCCCUCAGACGUGUGUCCUGGAAGAAGCUUGGCGCUGAUACGGCAUUGAGAUCCGGACCAUUUUGGCUCGUUGUGGGUAUCGCCUGUGUGUCCACCGGUUCGUCGACUUUGGGACUUGGUGCUUUCUUCUUGGUGCUGGCAAUUAUUUUGUUGCUCACAGCACCUCUCUCUGUGCACAUUUUGCAUGGUGGAAAAGUUUGGGGCGCCACACCUUGGCUGAUCGGCUUUGAGGGAACACUCCCAAUCAAAGAGAUCGAGCAUCUCACUUUCGGUAAUGCAAUCGGUCGUCUUCAGUAUUCACCGUCCAGCGGCCCCUAUUGCACUGGUAAACCAGAUGAGAGAAUUGGUGCGGAACCUCGCUUCAAUAUUACAGAUCUUCCUCACGGCCAUCGAAUAUUCACAUUGAUCGAUACUGGCACAAUGACCGUAACUGUUUUCUCCGCCGAGCGCCCACCAUCUGUAGCCUUAAUCGCAGGCAAAGAAGGAGGAAUGUUGCGCACGAUACUUUGCUCCUAUGAGAGAUCUACGAAUGGAUUGCGCAAGGAAUGUGUGUUGAGAAUGGAGACCCCAAUGUGGGAUAUCAGUGAUGCGAUGGGAUGGGUCAAACUUACCUAG